AUGCCUUCCUCUAAGCAGUAUUUACCUUUAAAUGAUCGGUCCUGGAGAAUUGAGGCGCGUUCAACUGUUGAACCUUCUACUGAACCGGUUGGACAACGUUCGGAUGAAAUGCAAAUGGAAACACAAGCAAUUGAGCUAACUAGUCUAGACUCCGCUCAGCUAUCUAGAGUUUCGGUUCACAAGACCUCUCAACUGGAAGAAGAUGAUUUUGACUCUGUGCUGAACGAUACGGACCCCGAAGAACGACUACUAACUCAAGACCCAGUAAACGGUAACAUGUCUACAAAUGGGGGUUCAAAUUUUAACGAGAAUUUGCUUGAGUCCAGAGGCAAGCUCAAAGGACAGUUACUGCUCUAUUUCACCUCAUUCCUGGUGAGUUUGGGUGUUUUUCUCUUUGGCUAUGAUCAAGGUGUCAUGAGCGGCAUUAUAACAGGAAAAUAUUUCAAACAGCAGUUUAAUAACCCUUCAAGUGCGAUGAUAGGAACAACUGUUGCCAUUCUCGAGAUCGGUGCUUUUUUUUCUUCUUUGACUGUUGGAAGAGUGGGCGAUAUCAUUGGCAGAAGGCGAACUAUUCGAUAUGGAGCGUUUAUAUUUGUCGUCGGAGGAUUACUGCAAACUGCCGCCUCCAAUCUAAAAGUCCUCAUAGCUGGGAGAAUUAUUUCUGGUAUUGGAGUUGGCUUAUUAUCAACCAUAGUUCCCAUGUACCAAGCCGAGAUAUCUCCUUCCCACAACAGAGGCAAACUGGCAUGUGCUCAGUUCACAGGAAACAUAUUCGGCUACGCGUCGUCUAUUUGGGUCGAUUACGGUUGCUCAUUCAUUGAAAACAAUCUUUCGUGGAGAAUUCCUCUUUUCAUCCAGUGUGUUAUUGGAUCUUUACUUGCGGGUGGCUCAUACAUUAUUGUAGAAACCCCAAGAUGGCUUCUACAUAAAGAUCGAGACAUAGAGGGCUUAGUUGUGAUUGCUGAUCUCUAUACUAAUGGUGAGACAGAUCAUCAUCGUGCACGAAAGGAAUUUGAUUCUAUCAAAUCCAGUAUACUCGAAGCACGGGCAAUAGGAGAGAAACGUUACAUUGAUUUGUUCACCGUUUACCCUAAAAGGUUAUUUAUGGCAACUAGUGCUUUAGCUUUUGCACAAUUCAAUGGUAUCAACAUUAUUUCAUACUAUGCUCCUUUAGUCUUUGAACAGGCAGGUUGGAUUGGAAGAGAGGCUGUUUUAAUGACUGGACUCAAUGCCAUAAUUUAUAUUCUGAGUACACUUCCCCCUUGGUUAUUGAUUGAUCGCUGGGGAAGAAAGCCAAUAUUGAUUUGUGGAGGAAUAACCAUGGGCCUUUCGAUGCUUCUUGUCUCAAUAUUUAUGGGCCUUAAUCUGAAGAACACCCCUCAGUUGGUUGUAAUAUUUAUUAUCACAGCUAAUUCAUCAUUUGCUUAUAGCUGGGGUCCCAUUCCUUGGCUCUUUCCAAGUGAAAUAUUACCGCUAACAUUCAGGUCUAAGGGUGCUUCUUUAGCCACCGCUACGAAUUGGCUGGCAAAUUUCAUUGUAGGAGAAUUUUCUCCUAUUCUGUUAGAGAAAAUUACUUGGAGAGUUUAUCUGAUACACGCUACCUUUUGCUUCACAUCUGCACUGGUUGCUUACCUUGUAUAUCCAGAAACUCGAGGCGUAGAUUUAGAGGAUAUGGAUAGAUUGUUUGAUGAAAAACGAAAGUAG